GAGUUGCCGCCGCGGUGACUAACACUAGCAUAGGGAAGUAGUAUUACUGACACUAAAUCCGGCAACACGGUAGUCCCCACUUUCACAAACUGGUCGCCACAGCUGGUCGUCCCAGAUUACACGACACAAGAAGAUGGGCUCUACAUAUGAAAGUCAGGAAAGCUUCAACAUCCGCAGCGACGGCGACACGGAGACACCGGAAGUUGUUGACGUCGCGGUUCUGUCUGUGAAAGGCUCGCAGGUUAUAGUGGUGACAGACCACAACAAUAACUGUCUCAAAUCUUUCUACACCAAGGACGGCCGGAAACAGAAUUCAAAGGUGAAAACCAUAGAAAAGCCUCUAAGUCUAACAAAACUUCCAUCAAACAGGGUUGCUGCAGCCGUAUGGCCAAAACGUAUAGUCCUGGUCGAGGCAACUCCAGAUCUUCAAUUCCUGUCCAGUCUCCAGACAUGCAAGCAGUACCGUGGCCUGGCGGCUCUGCCCGAUUUAACAUUGGCAGCAGCUUCUGUAACUCCAGGCAUCGACAUCUUGGAUAUGAAAGGACACGUCCUAAGGUCGGUCUUUGUACCAGACACUGCUCAGCAAAUCAAUCAUGUUCCAUACUUUCUUUGUGCGUCACAGAAAGGAAACAUUCUGGUGUCGGACUAUGGAUCAAAGUCCGUGUACUGCUUCUCGCCAGAGGGACAUGUUCUUUUCGCGGACACGCCAAGGGGUGAAAUGAGACUGCAAGAUCCUCGUGGAAUUACCGUCAGCAAAUCGGGGGAUAUUUUCCUGGCAGACUGGGGAGCCAAUGUCAUAAUACACCUAUCAGAACAUGGUCAGUUUGAAAGGCACAUUUUGUCUGGUAACGACGGUAUUACUAAACCCCUUGGUUUAUGUCUGGAUGACCAGGAACAGUUGUAUGUGUGUCUUCCGGGCGAGGUGAAAGUGUUUAGAUGUGCGCCUUUGAAGCUUAUAAACUUUACCUGAUCCAUCUUAAAGAUGUAAAUUGGGAUGUAGUGCAGAAGCCCAUAGUCGUGUCACACAGGAAUAGUAACCUUGGAGGCUUCUAACACGUCAAUGAGACUGUUACUCCUGAAGGUAUAUUGGCUACAUAGGGUGUACUGUUAACAAUAACUCAAUCACAAUUUUCACACCAAAUGACCCAGCAACCCAUGCUUGUCUUAGGAGGAGACUAACGGGAUCGGGUGGCCAGGUUCGCAUAUCCUGUCCCUAAACUGUCAUCUUGGUGAACUGUUGGAGGCAAUCUGUUCAGAUGCAUGACCAAAAUGUUCCAGGUGACUUCUUCACUCUCGUUACUUUGCAAACAGUCCCGUGAAGAUUCCGGGUUAGAAUAGAUCUCACCAACCCAUGCUUGUCGUAAGAAGCGACAAACGGGAUCGGGUGGCCAGGUUCGCUGACUUGGUUGAAGCUGUCAUCGUAUACCAAUU